GUUGCCUUGUCCUCAGCAGAUUUUGGUAAGCUUUAUCAGGUGAGCAAUGAGGACAUCGAUACACUGUAUUAUCGGAACAUGCUACCGCCGAAAUUCCGGAAACAAGUGGAUACAUUGGACGAGUGUGUUUGGUUGUACCGGCGUCCAACCCUCGAAGCAACUAACUGCUUGAAAGCAGUGGGAGUAAACGUACCCAAUUUACGUAUGGUGCUGUGGGGAAGAUGGGGCACUGGCAAAUCAAUGACUGUCUUUCAAACAAUUUACUAUGUGUGGAAGCAAGGAUGGAUCGUUCUCACAAUCCCAAAUGGUGAGUUUUCUGAAAAAACCUGGUCUUGCAUCACUUUUUUGGAGAGGAUUUAG